AAGAUAAAAUAUUACAAUAGCACUGGUUACUGGUUUACGCAAAAAAACAUAAAAUAAAAACAUUAAAAUAAUAUUUCCGUCCCCGUACUAAAUUAAUAUGGUUCGAGUAACAGCGAUUCUUGCUCGCGUUCCUAUGAUAAAAUUUCGUAAAGGUCGCGCUGGAGCAUCUGCUGGUGCGUGUCCCAUGUCUACUCCUAAAGUUGCCCAAUCAGCUGCUCAACCACAACCACAGCAAAGCCAGCCAGCAGCAGCAAUGAGUACUGGAGCGAUUCCAGAUAUUGAUCUUCCAGCUCGCUAUCAAAGACAACCACUGUCACAGGAAGAAAUUGACCAUAUCAACGGCGGUGGAAUCGUUUAGUUCCUUCAUCUAACCUAUUGUAGAUACUAUUUCAAAAUGUAGACCUUUUAAAUAUUCUUUAAAUUAUUUUAGUUAAGAGUUUUUAUUACAAGUUGUUUCAAUAUUAUCCCAAUGCUGGUGUGAACUGCAAAGCAUUCAAGUAAUUGUUAUUAAUUUAUUAUUCUUAUUAGUUUUAUUACACUUUAGAGAUACUAAAUGUAGUUCACUUUGUCAAAAAUUACAGAAAGAUCCUUCAUUAAAACCAGAGCCUAAACCUCCUCAAGCAUUGGCAGUUAUCAGGAUACCACAUGGUGUCCUUGUGGAGGCAGGCAAGAAACAGAGACAAGUUAUGUCCUUGAAUAUUGUACUUCAGAAAACAGGAAAAUAAAUGUAACAUGAUAUUAGUCUCCCAAAAUCAAAAAGGUAUAUAAUUGUUGCACAUAUUUUUAUAUAAAAAAAUAUAAAGUGCCUUUACAGAUU